AUGACCUCAAACAUCGCCGAGUCGCUCACCUCAAUGUUGCGCAACGAAAGAGAGUAUCCAGUGGUGGCCAUUUUCAAUUCAAUUGCACAUAGAUUUGGAGAAAUAUUUAGUAAGAGGUAUGCAAAGGUGGAAAAUUCAAAGACAACCUUCGUUCCCAUAGUCGAGAUGAUCUUAAGGGAAAACAUGAUCGAGGGGGACAAAUUAUAUGUGAACAACAUAAAUGGAAGCACCAACAAAUUCACCGUGCUUGGCUACGGUCAUUCCGUAAAAGUUCAUAUUUCAAGAUGGUCAUGUUCUUGCAGAAAGUACGACUUGGUGAAAUUGCCAUGCGCUCAUGUAAUGGCAGCGUCACCACUUGAGUCUGAGUGGAGUGUGGCACGAGAGUAUCUUGAAAUGCAAGUUCUUCCACCCGAAUUUGAUCCCAAACUAGGUCGGAGGAAGAUUAAAUGUGUUAAGGGUGUGUUGUAG